UCAUCACCUAUUGUAAACAAAAUUAUAAUACCACUGAAAGGUGCUAAAAUUCAAGGUGUACGGCUGAUGAAAAAUAGAAAAUAAAAAAUGGAAAAUAGGAAUCUACCUUGAACUGACCCAGCAGAACAUGAAAGCUGAAAAUACAAGUAAAGAACAUAUACCUUCUUGAGCAACAUCGCAAAACCCGAUGGUGUGAUAGAGGAAAGACCAAUGGGGUCUUCAAACGCCGUGUAAAAGGAAAAGAGUUAUUGUUAUAACCUUAUAUGAAAUUGUAUAAACAAAAUAGAUGAGCCUAACAUAUGUUUUCUUACCCGCAUCAAAUCCUGCGGAUAUAAGAAUAAUUUGAGGCUUAUAUUGUCUGGCAAUGGGUAAUAAUAUGAAAUCCCAAGCCAGACAAUAUUCUUUAUCGUUAAAAUCUUUGCCCACGAGCGGAACAUUGAUGGUAUACCCCAAUCAAUCUCCGCUUCCCGUUUCCUUAAAAUUUCCUGUCCUGGAGUAAAAAGGUUCCUUACGCGUCCCACAUCUAUAAUGUCAAUUAAUAUUAAAAUCAUUAAAACAACAGCUUCUGAAUAUCAAUUAAGAAUUAUAGAUUGCCAUUAAAUAAGAAAAUUUAAUGAGCUCCAUGCUUACAUUUUUUUUUCACGACAUCUAAUUUUUAUGCUAAAUGUAUUCGCUCUAGAACAGUAGAAAAAUGCUUAAGCCUUGAAUUAGUACAAAACAUAAACUAGUACAAAACAUGUGAACAUGGGCAUGAUUGUGAUAUGGCAGGCUUUUUUAUCACGACGGAAGAGUCUCAUCCUUGAGAGACACCUUAGAUGUGGACCUUGUCUAUGCCUAGAAUUAUAUGAUCUUGUUGUCGAAGUAAAGCCUCUGUUUAUGCUAAAAAUAAUAGUCCUAGCCAUCAAAUAAAUAGACUCUCAAUCUAUAGAAAUGUUUGUGUUAUUAAUAGGAAAAAUAGGUCAUGAUAAUUCCAACAAUGUCUAAGGUUUAGAAAGGGUAGUUUUGGGUGUUAGGGUGGUUUGUUUUGGGGAGGCAAGGUCCAAGCCUUGAGCAGUGAGGGCGUGAGGCAUAAGCCUGAAAUUCCAACAAAUAAUAAUCCUACUACAUUCACAGCAAUAAAGGAAAAUCCAUAGCAUUCCCGCUCUAAAAAAUAGAAUAAGUUACGUUAUGUGGGUCCAACAUUUCAGUAGGAAACCUAUACACUUCAUGGGUCUGAUCCCAUCAUUAUUUAUAUACAUGACGGAGGUAGUAAAUCUCUAAAUAGAUUUAAUUGUAAUUGGCUAUGUUUAAACUAAAGAUAUGUACAAUUAUAAGUUCAGAAAGUCUCAAUCACAAACACAUAACUAGAUCACAUGAUCACAUAUCAUAAAUCUUAUUCAGGAUUAAACACAAGGAUUGGAUCACACAUCAACAAAACACAAAAAAAAUAGAUACAGUUUGGAUUUGGAAAUCUAAAUUAACAGACUUCAUCAGACUUCAUCAGACAUCCUAAAUUAACAACUCCCAUUUCUUCGAACACCAGACUUCAUCAGACCCCAUAGCAGACUUCAUCAGAGGAGCAAUUACUUCUGGUUUGUGAAUUAAUUUCACUUGGUUGGCCUAAAUUGGGAAGUUCAUCCUUCUUCUGGCUUGCAGGGUUAUAUAGCAAGAGUUGGAAAGAAAGUAAACCAAAAAUAACAGUAAAUACUAAAUACACAUUGGAAUUUUGAAGGGUCACCGGAUAAUUUAAUUGUUAAUCUUUUUCUUGUAUUCCACUCGUAAGAAAUAGCUGAGAAACAUGAUUGGCUGAUUAAAUUUUCAGUGGAGUAUGAAAGGCCAAAAGACAGGCCGUUUUUUUCCAUUAAUAUGUUGUCUUUAAGGGUAAUAAUUAUAAACAGCUAUUUCAUUAAUUAUGUUCCACAUUUUCUCUCUAGCCGUGUGCAAUUAAAAUCACUCGUGCCAUUAAUUUCUUUUCAAUUAUGUGGACCAUUUGUUUAUUAAACAUUUUUACAGAAACUGGCCACCCAAAGUAUCGAUACAAUCUUCCCGCCCAAAGGUUGCCACACUAUUCCGUUUUAAUAUAUAAUAUAGAUAGAUCGAAAUUGAUCUUUAAAACUAACUCAAUUCAGGUAUAUCUCAGUCUCCACGAAAUGGGACUGCACAGGCUCCAAUAAUUGAUUUAUUUCAAAAUUUGAAUAGACCACAAAAAUGUAUCAAACCAGUUUUGCAAUGAAAUCCACUAGUUACUCCACCCGUGCGUUGCACGGGAGUGAAGCACGUACAUAAAAUUCUCCACUCGUGCAUUGCAUGGGAUAAAUUUCAUAGAUAUAUUGUUCUCUUCGGGACUCUAUAGAAACAUGUUUGUAAUAAGAAGCUUCGUACAUGAUAUCUGUAUUCUGUAAUGAUCACAUUUCGAUAAAAAAUUAUAAAGUUACGAUAAAAAUUAUAAAAUAUUUAUCAUGUAAAAUGACCACUAAUUGUACAUACAUUGUACAAACAGGAAAACACCCAUUCGAACUAAAUUUAAUCAAAAUAAUUUUUGGCGUGUUUUGAAUUUUAAAUAUUCAAAAAUAAUAUUUAAAAUUGAAUACUUUAUGGCAUAGUUCUACAUUGUCGAAUUGUUAGCAAUAAUUACUCAACACAUAUUAUUAGUAAUUAAUAAUCAUUUCAAUGAAUCACAAUUUACAAUACUAAGGUAUGUUUGAUGUUAAAAGACUUAAUUCUUUUUACAUAAUAGCAAUACUAUAUGGAAUUUUGCCUUACCGCAAAGGCUCAGCCGCCAAAACGCAUAAGUUACAAUCUAUGGCUUAUUUUACCUUAUUCUUUUCAGCAGUUCCGUCAUUUCCGUGCUCUCUCAAAUCAGUUAUGGGAGUCUAUAUUUCAAUUUAUCGCUCUCUCCUCAUUAGCGAGAACCCAAAGCUAUCAUAUGCACCAUCGUUUUCCAUCUCCAUUUUCCUCUCAUCUACUAUUUAUUCUCCAUAUUUAGUCAGAUGAAGAAGUUGACUAAGUCAACUACUAUAUUGGGUAAACGAUCACGAGAUGCAUUUCAAUCUGCAAGUCCGUCGUUGAAUAUUAGCGACCAUCCUCUUCAAGAAGGAACAACCGUUGGAGAAAACCUAGACACUCAACUCACCAACGUCCAACAGAAGGAGAGCAUUGUACGGGAAAGUGUUACACGUAUAAUUCCAAUAGCUCACAAUAAAUGGCAAAUCGGCAACAUCAUAUUGCCGACUGAUGAUUACACGGUUAUGGGGACAUGCAUUACUCGAACACAAGAUAGACCCCCAGAAAGUAGCAAGAAUCCCACGGAGGAUUUUAAAGGUGAUGCUACUAAUGAAGAAGCCAACCAAAAGGACGAUCAAGACGAUGUUAUCGGUGCCUCCUCACAUGAGCAACCUGUAUUCCAUGCCUAUGCAGAUCUUGGGGAUUCAUCUUAUGAGUGUGAAUUUUGUGGUGCUUUGUUUUGGUACGAAGAAAGAGUAAGGAAAAGUCCUGCAGGAAAACCACCAAAAUUCUCCCCGUGUUGUAAUCAAGGAGAUGUUGUACUGCCUGCAAUGGAAGAGCCACCCGAACCCUUAAAAAGUUUGAUAUUUGGUUCUGACGAGCGUAGCCGUCAUUUCCUCGAAAACAUCCGCUCAUAUAAUGCAAUGUUUGCAUUCACUUCUAUGGGAGGAAAACAAGACAAAGACAUCAAUCAAGGGAAAACGCCACCAAUAUUUCGAAUAAAUGGACAAAACUACCAUAGAAUUGGUAGCCUUCUUCCAAGGGACGGUGGUCAACCCAAAUUUUUGCAGAUGUACUUAUGUGAUCCAAGUGAAGAAACCUCAAAUAGACUUAAAGCUGUCAGAAGUGAGGGUGGUACAAAAUUGCAUGAUGCAUUGGUUUCGGAGUUGACACAUAUGCUUGACACGUACAAUGUUCAUGCACAGUCAUUUAGGAUGGCAAGAGAUAGAUUUAAUGCAUCAAACUCCACGACGUUGAAAAUGAGACUUAUUGGGAAAAGGAGUUCAGAUGGACGCACGUAUACUACUCCAAGUGUUUCUGAAGUAGCGGCUUUAAUUGAGGGGGGCUUUGACGUAAAUAGAAAAGAGAGAGAUGUUGUCCUGCAAACAAAAUCUGGGGCAUUUCAGUUUGUGACCGAACUGAACCCUUCCUUUUUAGGCUUGCAAUACCCACUACUAUUUCCUUACGGUCAAGAUGGCUUCAGAGAUGACGUUCUGUUGACGCGUGAAAUAGAGGAUAGCAAUUACAACGGAGGGAGAAAAUUUGCCACAAUGAAAGAUUUUUUUCAUACAGGUUGCAGGAACGCAAAGGUGAAACCCCAUAUCUAUUGAGAUGUCGAAGGUUGUUUCAGCAGUUUGUGGUUGAUGGAUAUACAAUGAUCGAGUCAUAUCGAUUGCAAUUCAUAAGAUUCCAUCAGAAAGAGAUUCGAAGUGAAUUGUACAGCGGUUUAGCAGAUGCUGUUGUUCGAGGGGAAACAAGUGCAUCUAGGACGAGCCAGCUUAUUGUUCUUCCUCCUACAUUCAUUGGUAGUGCGCGUUACAUGAUGCAAAAUUACCAAGACGCUAUGGCUAUAUGCCGAUGGGCAGGGUAUCCACAACUUUUUAUCACAUUCACUUGCAACCCGAGAUGGCCAGAAAUUAUUCGCUUUGUUGAGCAAAGAGGGCUCCAUCCAGAGGAUCGCCCCGACAUCCUUUGUAGGAUCUUUAAAAUCAAGUUGGAUUUUCUCAUUAAAGAUCUAAAACAAAAUAAGUUGUUUGGGGACGUCAAAGCAGUUGUAUAUACAGUGGAAUUUCAGAAGCGUGGUUUGCCGCAUGCCCACAUAGUUUUGUGGCUGUCUCAGAAGAAAGGAAUUAUGUGUGCCUCAGAUAUUGACAAAAUCAUAUCUGCUGAGAUUCCAGAUGAGUGUUCAGACCCUGCUCAUUACAAUGCGGUCAAAGAGUUUAUGAUCCAUGGACCUUGCGGCCAUCUUAACAAGUCUUCGCCCUGUAUGGAUAAAGGUAAAUGCACGAAGCAUUUUCCAAAGAAAUUCAAUGAACGCACUAAAAUGGAUAAAAGUGGAUAUCCUAUCUACAGGUGGAGGAACAAUGAAAGACGCAUCGGGAAGAAUGAUUGUCAUCUAGACAAUAGAUACGUAGUCCCGCACAACUGUAAUUUGUUGCUCAAGUAUGGAGCACACAUUAAUGUUGAAUGGUGCAACCAGUCACGAGCGGUGAAGUAUCUAUUCAAAUACAUUAAUAAAGGUGAUGAUCGAAUCACAAUCGCAUUCUCUGAGGCGGCAGAUAGCUCUAAGCAGCAGAAAAUCGAUGAGAUCAAUAUGUACUAUGAUUGUCGGUACAUCUCUGCUUGCGAGGCUGUUUGGAGGAUUUUCGGAUUCCACAUACACUAUAGGGAUGUGCCUAUUGAGCAUCUUAGUUUUCAUCUGCCCGGCGAGCAAAAUGUGUAUUAUAGUGCAGAUAAAUCUGUCCAAGAUGUCCUAUCGAAUCAUAUGGUUCACGAGACAAAAUUUACUGCAUGGAUGAGAGCAAAUCAAGUGUACCCCGAGGCCAGAAAGUUGACAUAUGUGGACUUCCCUAGCAAAUUUGUGUGGAAGAAAAAGAUUAAACAGUGGGUGGAAAGACAACGAAGUUUUGCAGUUGGACGUGUCUACUUCGUUCGCCCUGGAGCAGAGCAGGUGAAAAAUACUACUUACGCACCCUAUUAAAUUGGGUAAAGGGACCAAGAAGUUUUGAUGAGUUAAAAACAAUUGACGGCAUAUUAUAUCCCACAUUUAGAGAUGCUUGCUAUGCUCGGGGAUUGCUUUUAGACGACAAUGAUUACAUUCAAGCCAUCACCGAGGCAGGUAUGUUUUCAACCGCACCUUCAUUGCGUGAAGUGUUUGCCACUCCACUCAUUGCGGGCGCACUGUCAAAGGCGGACUUGGUCUGGGAGAAAUGCCGCCAGUAUUUCUCAAAAGACAUAUUGUACAAUAUGAGGACCCU